CGUGGAGGGCUCCAUUUAACUUCUAGACUGUGCUUUUGGCCAGUGAGGAGUAAGCGUAGGGCAUUAGGACCCAGCGAUUGUUGUAGUGAGAGAGGUUGAAUCUCAAUCUCUCAAUUUUUCUCCCGAGCUCCCUCCUCUUCCUUUGUCAUUCUAGCUGCCUGCUGCCUCCGCAGCGUCCCUCUAGCUCUCCUUCCCUCUAGCUCUCCCUGUGCUAACUGUCUGCGCCUUAGACAGGGUGCGCAAAGCCGAAGGAUUGGUUGGGACCUGCCUUGGUAACCCCAUGGCGUCCCCCAGAACCGUAACUGUCGUGGCCCUCUCAGUGGCCCUGGGACUCUUCUUUGUUUUCAUGGGAACAAUCAAGUUGACCCCCAGGCUCAGCAAGGAUGCCUACAUUGAGAUGAAACGUGCUUACAAGAGCUAUGUCCGAGCCCUCCCUCUGCUGAAGAAAAUGGGGAUCAAUUCCAUUCUCCUCCGCAAAAGCAUUGGUGCUCUUGAGGUGGCCUGUGGCAUUGUCAUGACCCUUGUGCCUGGGCGUCCCAAAGAUGUGGCCAACUUCUUCCUACUCUUGCUCGUGUUGGCUGUGCUCUUCUUCCAUCAGCUAGUUGGUGAUCCUCUCAAACGCUACGCCCAUGCUCUGGUGUUUGGAAUCCUGCUCACCUGCCGCCUGUUAAUUGCUCGCAAGCCAGAAGACCGAUCUUCUGAGAAGAAGCCCUCACCACCACCAGGGCAAGCAGGGAAUUCCGGGAAUGCAGAGGAGCAGCCCUCCUUAUAUGAGAAGGCCCCUCAGGGCAAAAUGAAGUUAUCAUAGGAAAGCAAAAGUGCAAAAAGUGGACCUUCCAGGCAGUUGCCUCCAUUACACCCAGGAAGAUGUCAGUGUGUGUUUUUCAUUUGAUUUAUCUUGAGGGAAAGGAAAAAAUAUAAUCUGCAAGUUAAUGGCCCUAUUGGCUUGUGUACACCUAUACCCUAAAAUGACCUCCCCACAUAGACAUAGUGCACCACCUUUAAUCACUCCAGGGAAAUUCUCACAUCUUGCUGCAUGCACAUGUAUAUGGCUAACUAUUGAAGUGUAUUUGUGAGAUGGACUCCAGCAAGCAUGUGACUGUAAGAUUAUAUGUGGGAAAAUGUAUUUACUGUGUGUGUGUGUGCGUGUGUGUGUGUGUGUGUGUGUGCAUGCAUGCAAGUGUGAGGAGAAGGUUCUGAUCUUAAACUAAUCCUGCACAGGUAUCCUUCCCUUUAUAGACUGAUUCUAGUAAGGGCAGAAUAAAAUAAACCUCCUAUAAAGAGAAUCCUACUUACUUCUGGUAUAAAUCAAGUGAUAUGUUUCUGUGGGAUGAGGGAAUUUCUCUCAAUAGAUUAAGCUGAGAACCAAUUUAUCACUUUAGGAAAAAGUUCCUUCAAUUUGAGACACUGAGUUAUACUGAUUAGCCUCCACUGUAACAGUUGUUGAAAUUUUAAAUACUCUAUAUUCAGUUUAAUUAAAAGAAGGGAUAUAUGCAGUCCAUACAUAAUCUAAUUCUUCAAGUGAUAAAAUUGGAAGUUUCACCUUUCCUUUGCCCCAAUCCAACCUACUAAGCUCCUUUACUCACAGUUUGAAACUGACACAGUAACUUGUCACCAGACCUCUUUUUUGGAUUUUCUUAAGCCAAAAGCUGUCUCACUUCCUACUAUUCUCAGCAGCUAACCAGGAUUUGGCAGCUGCUCCACUGUUGCAGUUGAGGGAGCAGGGAUUAGUCCUGUUAGAAUUCUGUGAAUCUCAAACUCUAGCUGUUCUCUUAAAUCAUCUGAAACUUGACAGAGGAGCUGUAACCAGUGUUUCCCUGCCAGACUCACUACUCCUAUUGAAUCUUCACUGAACUUUGCAAGUGUAAGCAGAGAUCCAAGUUACUCCCAUGGUUGUCUCCUCUACACCUCUUUAUCAAUUCUGAUGGGUGGAGUUUAUCUGGGGGAAGGACAUUUGAUAUGGGUUAGUUGGAUUGAGCAGUAUGAAACAUUGCUUUCUUCAUUCCAUACUGCUGUUUCUCCUUGUUAGAUGUACUUUGAUGGUUUUAAUAUUAUUGUGCCAGGGAUGGGGAGAGGGGUGGGGGUGUUUGUGUGGGGAGUACAAAUUAUUGUAUUUUCUUCAGUGUCAUUGUUCUUGUUAAUUGAUACCUCUGUCUUAUUUCUCUCAUUCUUUCAAAAUAAAAAUUUUUGAAAUUUGGAGGAAA